UCUGGAGCCAAUCGGAAUGCGCACCCACCCUGCCCUGCUCCCUAAUUAAAGGCUUUAAGCAGGCGGCCGGGGCCGGAGGUUUGGGCACAGUCUCUCGGUGGCUCCUCUCGAAGCAGCCGCGGCUCCGGAUCCGCUCGGGGCGCUCCAGGCCGCGGCAGCCGCCAGGUUGGGGGGUCCCGGGCGCGGGCAGGCAGCCGCCCCCUCCCCGCUGCCCGCCAUGAGCGGCUCUUUCGAUAAGAAGCUCUCCAGCAUCCUGACGGACCUCUCGGGCUCGCUGAGCUGCCAUGCAGCCUCCAAGGACUCUCCCACGCUGCCCGAGUCCUCGGUCACCGACCUGGGCUACUACACGGGCCAGCACGAUUACUACCCGGGCCAGUCGUACGGGCAGCCCGUGGGCCACUACCCCUACCCCCAGUUCAACCUCAACGGCAUCGGCGCCGCCGGCACCUACUCGCCCAAAUCCGAGUAUUCCUACAGCCCUUCGUACCGCCAGUACGGGCACUUCAGGGAGCAGCAGCUCCCGGCGCAGGAGGCAGUGUCGGUGAAGGAGGAGCCGGAGCCCGAGGUGCGGAUGGUCAACGGGAAGCCCAAGAAGAUCCGCAAGCCCCGCACCAUCUACUCCAGCUACCAGCUGGCCGCCCUGCAGCGCCGCUUCCAGAAGGCGCAGUACCUGGCGCUGCCCGAGCGCGCCGAGCUGGCGGCGCAGCUGGGGCUCACCCAGACCCAGGCGAAGAUCUGGUUCCAGAACCGGCGCUCCAAGUUCAAGAAGCUCUACAAGAACGGCGAGGUGCCCCUGGAGCACAGCCCCAACAACAGCGACUCCAUGGCCUGCAACUCGCCGCCGUCGCCGGUGUGGGACAGUCCCGGCACCGCCCGCACCCCGCUGCCGCAGCCGCUGCCCUACAGCUCCUCGCCGGGUUUCCUGGAGGAGCACAACCCCUGGUACCACCCCCAGAGCCUCAGCGGCCCCCACGGACCCCCCCAGGGGCAGGCGGCCCCCCCGAUGCACCACCCGUCCCCCGGGCCCCCCAGCACCGUGUACUGA